AUCAUUGAGACAACUUGUGGCACGUUUCAAUUGAAUUUGGUUACUCAGUUCGUGGCUUGCCAUCAAACUGUCUUGGAGAGUUUUCGCUACAGGAAUUAUAUAUCGUAUAAAAUUCAAAAUGAACAUCACAUCAGCAGCUGGCAUCAUUUCCCUCCUUGAGGAGCCAAUGCCAGAACUGAAGGUGUUUGCUUUGAAAAAGCUGGAUAUGAUAGUCGAUGAAUUUUGGCCUGAAAUUUCCGAGGCCAUAGAAAAGAUUGAGAUUCUUCAUGAAGACAAAUUAUUUCCUCAACACGACUUGGCUGCACUAGUUGCUAGCAAAGUGUAUUAUCAUCUAGGAAGUUUUGAAGAUUCUUUGACUUAUGCUCUAGGAGCUGGGGAACUCUUUGAUGUUAAUGCUCGCAAUGAAUAUGUUGAUACUACUAUAGCUAAAUGCAUUGAUUAUUAUACUCAACAACGCGUGUUGGAAGCUGAGGGGAAACUGCAAUUAAACAGCAAAGGAAUCGAUCCGAGAUUAGAAGGAAUUGUAAACAGAAUGUUUCAGCGAUGCUUAGAUGACAAUCAGUAUCGUCAAGCUCUGGGUCUUGCUCUGGAAACAAGAAGAAUGGAUAUCUUUGAAGCUGCAAUCAUGCAAUCAGAUGAUGUUAGUGGCAUGCUGUCCUAUGCGUUUCAAGUUGUUAUGAGCCUCAUUCAAAAUCGUGGCUUCCGUAAUACUGUACUUCGUUGCUUAGUAAGCCUUUACCGUAACCUGGGAACACCGGACUAUGUUAAUAUGUGUCAGUGUUUGAUAUUCCUCGACGAUCCACUGGCUGUUGCUGAACUUCUAGACAGACUGAGCAAAGGCUCACAGGACUGUGUUCUUAUGGCCUAUCAAAUCGCAUUUGACUUGUACGAAUCAGCAACUCAACAGUUCCUUGGUCGUGUUCUACAAGCGUUGAGAGCAACUGCUCCUAUUCCGGGAGCCCUUAUGGUUAAACCAAUUGUAAAACCAGCUGUGAAACCAGCCACUGAGGCUAGCUCUUCAGAGCCGGCAGCUGCAGAGACUGAAAACAAUAGUAAUACAGCAGCUCCUGAGGAGAAAUCUCAACGUAGCGUUGAAAGUUUGAAUACCGAGGAACGUGAGCAACAGGAACGCGUGGACGCUUUGUCAAGUAUAUUAGGCGGAGAAAUUUCUAUCGAUUUGCAUCUUCAAUUUCUAAUUCGCAGUAAUCAUACCGACAUGUUGAUAUUGAAAAAUACUAAAGAUACUAUACGUGUGUCUAUUUGUCAUACUGCCACAGUAAUCGCGAAUGCGUAUAUGCAUUCUGGAACUACUAGCGACCAAUUUUUAAGAGAUAAUUUAGAAUGGUUGGCUAGAGCUACAAACUGGGCAAAAUUAACAGCAACAGCCUCCUUAGGGGUAAUUCACAGAGGCCACGAACAAGAAGCCUUAGCCCUAAUGCAGUCUUAUCUUCCACGAGAUACCGGCGCGGGAGCUGGUUACUCCGAAGGAGGUGGCUUGUACGCAUUAGGACUCAUUCACGCAAACCACGGCGCAGCAAUUACGGAUUAUCUGCUUGGUCAGCUGAAAGAUGCACAAAACGAGAUGGUACGUCACGGAGGCUGUUUAGGAUUGGGUCUAGCCGCAAUGGGUUCACACAGGCAGGAUGUGUACGAACAAUUGAAAUUCAAUCUUUAUCAAGAUGACGCUGUUACUGGCGAGGCUGCGGGCAUCGCUAUGGGCAUGGUCAUGCUGGGAUCAAAGUCAACCCAAGCAAUUGAGGAUAUGGUUGCGUAUGCCCAAGAAACGCAGCACGAGAAGAUCCUCCGAGGAUUAGCCGUGGGUAUCGCGUUCACUAUGUACGGCCGUUUGGAGGAAGCUGAUCCUCUGGUCUCUUCACUUUGCGCCGACAAGGACCCGAUCCUUCGAAGGAGUGGCAUGUACACGUUGGCGAUGGCCUAUUGUGGAACCGGAAACAAUCAGGCCAUCCGGAAGCUGCUGCACGUUGCUGUCUCGGACGUGAACGACGAUGUUCGACGAGCCGCGGUCACUGGUCUGGGAUUCUUGCUGUUCAGGUGAGUACCACUAAAGAAUACUUAACUU